AAAAAAUAUUGUGUCACACACACACUGCUUCGGUGUUUUGUGUUCCUCUUUCCUGUUCACGUUGUUUGGCUGUGUUUGGUUUUUUUUUCUUCUAAUUUUGAUUUUUGUUGAUUUUUUUUCUGAAAAUUUUUUUUAAUCAUCCAAAAUGGUUGUGGAAACAACAACAACAACGAUCCAAAAACCACGAACGAGUAAACGUAAAAAUCCAAUGCGUGAUCUUCGUAUACGAAAAUUGUGUCUGAAUAUUUGUGUUGGUGAAUCGGGCGAUAGGCUUACACGUGCAUCAAAAGUUUUGGAACAAUUAACUGGACAAAGUCCAGUAUUUUCUAAAGCACGUUAUACUGUACGAUCAUUCGGUAUUCGUCGUAAUGAAAAAAUUUCUGUUCAUUGUACUGUACGUGGACCAAAAGCCGAAGAAAUUUUGGAAAAAGGAUUAAAAGUAAAAGAAUAUGAAUUACGUAAAGAAAAUUUUUCCGUUACUGGAAAUUUUGGUUUCGGUAUUCAAGAACAUAUUGAUUUAGGUAUCAAAUAUGAUCCAUCAAUCGGUAUUUAUGGUUUGGAUUUUUAUGUUGUUCUUGGUCGACCGGGUUUCAGUAUCAAUCAACGUAAACAUAAAGCUGGCCGAAUUGGUGCAUCACAUCGUUUGACGAAAGAAGAUGCAAUGAAAUGGUUUCAAGAAAAAUAUGAUGGCAUUAUUUUACCAACUAAAAAAUGAAAA